CACCGGCUGCCCCGGGCGUGUGUAAGAGGAGCGCGUCGAGGAGAGGGAGGGCCGGAGCCACCGCGGGCCCCCGCCCCGCGCUGACCACUCCCCCUCCCGUCCCCUCCCUGCGGCUCACCCAGCGCUCCAGCCGCCACCCUUGUGGGUGCUGCACCGCCGGCUCCUCGCUUUCCAGCCAGCUCCUUUGCUCUCGCCUCCCCACCCCUCCCCCUCCCCCUCUCCUUCCCUCCCUUGCCCUCCCCUCCUCUGCAGGGCCUGCAUUAUUUGCUGCCCGCAGGCUCGGCGUGCACUGCCGCCGCAGCAGCCCGGGGAGGUGGGUGGGUGGGUGGGUGGGUGACUGGGCUGUCUGGUGGGCAGGCGAAUCGUGCAAGUUGUAGAGGAGGUCUGCCCUCUUCUGCCCUGCGCCCUCUCCCCUGCUAACUCCUUCCCCUUCCUCCCCUGCCCCUCCCCGCCCCCACGCCUGCCUCCUCUCCGAAAGGCUGGUAACUUGUUGUGCGGAGCGAGCGAGCGGCGGCACCACCAUCCUGGCGGGCACCAUGGGCACGUCCGCGCGCCGGGUGCUCUGGCUGCUGCUCGCGCUGUGCUGGGCGCUCCAGGAGAGCGGCGCCACCGCCACGGGGAGAAAAACCAAGUGCGAACCAUCCCAAUUCCAGUGUACCAAUGGCCGCUGUAUUACCCAGCUGUGGAAAUGUGACGGGGAUGAAGACUGUGCUGAUGGUAGCGAUGAAAAGAACUGUGUGAAGAAGACGUGCGCCGAGUCUGACUUCGUGUGCAACAAUGGCCAGUGCAUUCCCAACCGAUGGCAGUGUGAUGGAGACCCUGACUGUGAAGACGGCUCUGACGAAAGCCCGGAGCAGUGCCAUAUGAGAACAUGCCGCAUAAAUGAAAUCAGCUGUGGCGCCCGUUCUACCCAGUGCAUCCCAGUGUCCUGGAGAUGUGAUGGUGAAAGUGAUUGUGACAGUGGAGAAGAUGAAGAAAACUGUGGCAACGUGACGUGCAGCUCUGAUGAGUUCACUUGUUCCAGUGGCCGCUGCAUCUCCAGGAACUUUGUGUGCAAUGGCCAGGAUGACUGCAGUGACGGCAGUGACGAACUGGACUGUGCCCCACCCACCUGUGGCAUUCAUGAAUUCCAAUGCAGUACCUCCUCGUGCAUUCCCAUCAGCUGGGUGUGCGAUGAUGACGCGGACUGCUCAGACCAGUCAGACGAAUCCCUUGAGCAGUGUGGCCGCCAGCCUGUGAUGCACGCCAAGUGCCCAGCCAGUGAGAUCCAGUGUGGCUCUGGCGAGUGCAUCCACAAGAAGUGGAGAUGUGAUGGUGACCCCGAUUGCAAAGAUGGCAGUGAUGAGAUCAACUGCCCCUCUCGAACCUGCCGACCCGACCAGUUUGAAUGUGAAGAUGGGAGCUGUAUCCAUGGCAGCAGGCAGUGUAACGGGAUUCGAGACUGUGUUGAUGGUUCGGAUGAAGUCAACUGCAAAAAUGUCAACCAGUGCCUGGGCCCUGGAAAAUUCAAGUGCAGAAGUGGGGAGUGCAUAGAUAUCAACAAAGUGUGUAACCAGGAGCAAGACUGCAGGGACUGGAGUGAUGAGCCCCUGAAAGAAUGCCAUGUCAACGAGUGCUUGGUCAACAAUGGGGGAUGUUCCCAUAUCUGCAAAGAUCUCGUUAUUGGCUAUGAAUGUGACUGUGCUGCUGGGUUUGAACUAAUUGACAGGAAAACCUGUGGAGAUAUUGAUGAAUGCCAAAACCCGGGAAUCUGCAGUCAAAUCUGUAUCAACUUAAAGGGCGGUUACAAGUGUGAAUGCAGUCGUGGCUAUCAGAUGGAUCUCGCUACUGGCGUGUGCAAGGCAGUAGGCAAAGAGCCAAGUCUGAUUUUCACGAACAGAAGGGACAUCCGCAAGAUCGGCUUAGAGAGAAAGGAAUACAUCCAGCUUGUGGAGCAGCUGCGAAACACCGUGGCGCUCGAUGCUGACAUUGCUGCGCAGAAACUCUUCUGGGCUGACGUCAGUCAAAAGGCCAUCUUCAGUGCCUCAAUUGAUGACAAGGUUGGUAGACAUGUUAAAAUGAUCGACAAUAUCUAUAAUCCUGCAGCCAUUGCUGUUGAUUGGGUGUACAAGACCAUCUACUGGACUGAUGCGGCUUCUAAGACUAUUUCAGUAGCCACCUUAGACGGAGCCAAGAGGAAGUUCCUGUUUAACUCGGACUUGCGAGAGCCUGCCUCCAUAGCUGUGGACCCGUUGUCUGGCUUUGUCUACUGGUCAGACUGGGGUGAACCAGCUAAAAUCGAGAAAGCAGGAAUGAAUGGAUUUGACAGACGCCUACUGGUGACAGUGGACAUCCAGUGGCCCAAUGGUAUUACACUAGACCUCAUAAAAAGCCGCCUCUACUGGCUGGAUUCCAAGUUGCAUAUGCUGUCCAGUGUGGAUUUAAAUGGCCAAGAUCGUAGGAUAGUACUCAAGUCCCUGGAGUUCCUAGCCCAUCCUCUGGCACUGACCAUUUUUGAGGAUCGUGUCUACUGGAUAGAUGGGGAAAAUGAGGCAGUGUAUGGAGCUAAUAAAUUCACCGGAUCAGAACUGGCCACUCUAGUCAACAACCUUAACGAUGCCCAAGACAUCAUCGUCUAUCAUGAACUCGUGCAACCAUCAGGGAAAAACUGGUGUGAAGAAGACAUGGAGAACGGAGGGUGUGAAUACCUGUGCCUGCCAGCGCCACAGAUUAAUGAACACUCUCCAAAGUACACCUGCUCCUGUCCCGAUGGCUACCAUCUAGAGGACAAUGGCCGAGAAUGCCGAAGUACUGCAACUACUGUGACUUACAGUGAGACAAAAGAUUCCAACACUACAGAAAUGUCACCAACUAGUGGACUAGUUCCUGGAGAGAUCAAUGUGACCACAGCAGUAUCAGAGGUCAGUGUGCCUCCCAAGGGGACUUCGGCUGCCUGGGCCAUCCUGCCUCUCUUGCUCUUGGUGAUGGCUGCCGUGGGUGGCUACCUGAUGUGGCGGAACUGGCAACACAAAAACAUGAAGAGCAUGAACUUUGACAAUCCUGUGUACUUGAAGACCACGGAAGAGGACCUCUCCAUAGACAUCGGUAGACACAGUGCUUCGGUUGGACACACGUACCCAGCAAUAUCAGUCGUAAGCACAGACGAUGACCUAGCUUGACCUCUGACACAAGGCUUGACCUCUGAGGUCUAACCCAGUCAUACCCCCGACUUCGGAACGGUAACCAAGCCAGCAGCUGAAGUCUGUUUUCUUCCUCCCAUCUGGAAGAACGCCAAGAUAUCAUUGCGUGGAUCAAGCUUGUGUACUUGACCGUUUUUGUAUUACUUCUGUAAAUGUUCUUGCCUGCAUUCGACUUCAGCUUUGAAUAUGGUUACCACACAUCUGUAAUCUAUGAAUUUCUAAGACAGUAUUGCCACCUCUGGCCAAAUAUGCACUUUCCCUAGAAAGCCAUAUUCCAGCAAUGAAACUGUGUUAUAGUGUACACCACCUGUACAUACAGUGUAUAGGCCACCUGUAAAUACUCCCCCCAGAGAACAAUCACUAUUCUUAAGCACUUUGAAACUAUUUCUAUGUAAAUUAUUGUAAACUUUUUUCAAUGGUUGGGACAAUGGCAAUAGGAUAAAACGGGUUACUAAGAUGAUAUUGCCAAAAAAAAAUUUGUAAACUAAUUUUGUACGUACAAAUGAACUCUUUGACCUCAAGGGAGGUUUGCAAAGACUGAGUGUUCAAACUACUGUACAUUUUUUUUUCAAGUGCUAAAAAAAAAAAUUAAACCAAGCAGCUUAA